UCUUCUACUCGUAUUGAAUUCUGCUUAUAUUGUUUGAAUAUGAUCCUCAUUGUAUGUAAAAUAAUUGAUGAUAAUUACGCAAUGUUUAUAGAACGAAACAAAAGUCGAUGUAAAAUAAUGUAGGAUACAAUUCGAGAUUAUAAAAGUCUAGUCAUUCUAAGUAGCAAUGAACAAACGGGAGUAUGUAUUUGAAAUUAAGAUCAUUUGUUAUCUCUCUACUCACAUUGUGUAGUGUAUCAUCAAUUGUUUAUUUAUGGAUCCACGUUAGUGAAUACUGAAAGUCGAAUGUAUAGAGUUGGCGUGAAUUGAUUUCUGUGUAUAUGAAUUAAGAGCACAUAUUGUUGAUAUGAGGAGAUUUGAAACCAACUUAACAGAGCCAGCUAAGUCUACAUGGAGUGGAUUCUGGGGAAAAAUAAAGGUAUUAACACCUUUUUUAUGGCCGAAGAAAAGUUACAUUUUACAAAUAGUUGUGAUUAUUUGUUUCAUUCUAUUAGCUCUUGGGAGAGUAAUAAAUUUAUUUGUUCCAAUUUACUCGAAAUUGAUAGUUGACAGUUUGAGCCCCGAAGGAGAUCAACCUGCCAAACUGAGAUGGGAUCUGAUCGUGUAUUAUGUUCUUUUCAAGUUCCUUCAGGGUGGUGGAGUUGGAGCAAUGGGCGUAUUGAAUAAUCUAAGAACAUUUCUAUGGAUAAAAGUGCAGCAGUAUACAGAAAGAGAAGUUGAGGUGAAACUGUUGGCACAUGUCCAUAGUCUGUCCCUUCGCUGGCAUUUGAACAGGAAAACUGGAGAAGUACUGAGGAUUAUGGAUAGAGGGACUGAAAGUAUAAAUAGUUUACUUAAUAUCUUCAUUUUCAAUAUUCUACCUACGUUAGUAGACAUUUUUGUUGCAAUUACUUAUUUGAUAAUCACCUUCGGUGUUUAUUUUGGAAUAGUUGUUUUCACAACCAUGGUAUUAUAUAUAGUUGCAACCGUCAGUAUUACCGAAUGGAGAACCAAGUAUCAACGCAAAAUGAAUAUUGCUGACAACAAAGCAAAAGCCAAAAGCGUAGAUUCGUUGUUGAAUUUCGAAACUGUGAAGUACUAUGGAAAUGAAGACUAUGAGGUUAAAAGUUUCCGAGACGCCCUGCUUGAUUUUCAGAAAGCAGAAUUCAAAUCAACUGUAACCCAGAAUAUACUGAGUACUACCCAAAAUGUUAUUAUAAACAGCGGACUGCUAUUGGGCAGUUUAUUAUGUGUUUACAAGAUUGUGGAGACUAAAGAAUUGACAGUUGGUGACUACGUUCUUUUCUCAAGUUAUAUAGUUCAGUUGUAUGGACCUCUCAAUUUCUUCGGAAUGUAUUAUAGAUCCUUGCAGGGCAAUUUCGUUGAUAUGGAGAAUUUAUUCGACCUCUUGAAGCAAGAACCUGAAGUAGUGGAUGCACCAGAUGCCAGAACUUUAUCCAUAAAGGAAGGAACAGUGGAAUUCUCAAAUGUUUCAUUCGCCUAUAAUGCAGAACCUAUUCUGCGGAAUAUUUCUUUCAAAGUACCAGCUGGUAAAACCCUUGCUUUGGUGGGGCCAUCAGGUAGUGGCAAAAGUACAAUCAUCAGACUCCUCUUUCGAUUCUACGAUAUUCAAUCAGGUAGAAUUUCAAUUGAUGGAGAAAAAAUUGAUGAAGUUACUCAAGAGUCUCUGAGGAAAGCUAUUGGUGUUGUUCCACAAGAUACGGUUCUCUUCAAUAACACGAUCAAAUAUAACAUUCUUUACGGUCGUUUGGAUGCUGAAGAGGCAGAUGUUUUGGAAGCUGCAAGAGGUGCUGAUAUUCACGAGAAAAUCCUAACCUUCAGGGAUGGUUAUGAGACCACUGUCGGAGAGCGAGGUUUGCGACUGAGUGGUGGAGAAAAGCAGCGAGUUGCAAUUGCUCGUACUCUCUUGAAGGCACCGAAAGUUGUGCUCUUGGAUGAGGCAACUAGUGCGUUAGAUACUCAAACUGAACGGAAUAUACAGGAUUCCUUGAAUAAAAUGUGUUCCAAUAGAACAACUAUCAUCGUAGCUCAUAGGCUAUCAACAAUUGUACAUGCUGAUGAGAUAUUGGUAAUAAAAGAUGGUGUGAUUGUUGAGAGGGGAAGGCAUGAUGAUUUAAUUGAAGAAGGAGGUGUUUACGCUGCAAUGUGGCAGCAGCAAUUGACUUCAAUAGAGGAUCGUAUGACUUCAAAUAAAAUACAUGAUGGGAGCUGAAACAAGACAAUGAGGCAUGAAGAAGAUGACAUGUUAUCAAUCACGGAAAAGUACGAGAUGCAUGAUAUGGUCGAGAAAUGAUAGUAUCAUUGAAAAUUUGAAAUUUAAAAUUUUUACUAUCUCAAUAAUUAUUUUUUUGUGUCUAUGAAUUGUUUUCUCUAUAUAACCUCAAUCCAAAAAAUCUUGACCACUUAAUUCCUAAAAAAAAAUAACAUGCUCAGUGAGAUUGGGAAUCAAGUUAUAUUCAGUUAAUUUCACCAAGAAUUCAACAUAUGAUAGAAAAAAAUCCACAAUACAAUUUAUAAUAGUUUCAGAGGAAAAAAGUACAGUUGGUUUAUAAUAUUAUGUGUACAACUUUUCUCCCGACGUUUUGCAAUAGAUGUAUGUAGCAGUAAGUGGUAGUCGAAAUAAAUAAAUCGUAGAGGUCUUACAAUAAGA